CUCCCUUCGUCCACUUUUCUUUUACGUUUUUCCAACAAAACUUGCAUAUUUUUCUCAUUCGAUCUUCCCCACUUCAUUCUUUCUUCUCCGUCGAAUUCCCGUCACGUGUUCUUUGGCUUCUAUGGAGAAUCACACCGCCAACAACACCAAAGCAGUUUCAGGAGGAGUCAAACCCAUCAAUGACAACGAAGAGCUUUCCAAUUUGAAUGAACAGGAGCACUCAGAAGAAGUGGAUGUAGAUGAGAAUGGAGGCGGGGCUGAAGAAGAAGGGGAGAGAACUGGAUCUGGCUCCAUCCAGUCUCCUCCUCGCCCACCUUCCAGAACCCCUUUCACUAAUCUCAGUCAGGUCGAUGCUGACCUCGCCCUUGCUCGAACCCUUCAGGAGCAGGAAAGGGCAUACAUGAUGCUGAGAAUGAACAACGAAGGAAGUGAUUAUGGAAGUUGGGAAGCUGGCAGCUAUUUGCAUGAUGAUGGGGAUGAUUUUGAAGAUCUACAUGAUGGUACUGAUGAUGAUGAGGACAAUGGCCCUGAUGAUGAAGAUGAUGACAAUAAUGAUGAUGAAGAAUAUGAUGAUGAAGAUGCAUUUGAUGCGCAUGCUCUUGUUAGUUCUGGUGAAAUUGAUAAUACCAGCAUUGAAUUUGAUCCUGAUGUAUUCUCUAGUGAUGAAGCCUAUGCAAGAGCAUUACAAGAGGCUGAAGAGAGGGAAAUGGCAGCUAGGCUAUUAGCUUUGGCUGGGAUAAAUGAUCGGGAAGCUGAGGACACAGAAGACCAUGGUGCUAAUUCUCCGGAUGCAUGGGAGGAUGUUGAUCCCGAUGAACUUUCAUACGAGGAACUUCUGGCAUUGGGUGAAGUUGUUGGAACUGAGAGCAGAGGUCUUUCUACUGAAACUAUUGCCUCUUUGCGUUCAGUGAACUACAAGAUGGGAAGUGAUCAGCAUGGAAGCAAUGAUUCGUGUGUCAUAUGCCGGGUGGAUUAUGAGGAUGGUGAAUCCUUAACUGCACUUUCAUGCAAACAUUUGUACCAUCCUGAGUGCAUUAACAAUUGGUUGAAAAUAAACAAGGUGAAGGCUCUAAUGUGAGAGAUCCUUUUUACCUUGGAAGAGUUGAAAUAGCAUUGAUUUCUCCUCGUCAUUAGUUAAUCAGUGAUUUAUGUAGAUCUCAGUAUCUCAUCAAGCUUGUCCCUUUUACAUGUUGAUGGAAAAAUUUGGGCUUGAAAACAUAUAGCAAACAAUUUUUUUAUAUUACAUUAGACGUUACAAUGGCAUAGUGCAAUUCAUAUAACUAAAGUUACUUUGUGAGAUAAGGCUUGUUAUUGUUGUAUCUUCGACAUUACAAUACUUGAAUUUUCCCCUUUAUUGUGUAAUGAAACAUGCAUGGAAAUCAA